UGAUAGACCGCAAAUGUGACCUGCAUGUCUAAGUCCACUGUCUUUUACUAUGUACAUGCGUACAUGUGCUACCACCUACCAGCCCUAACUAACCCUUGUCCAAUCAACUUAGGGCAUAUUAGCCCCACAUCGGCCCCUAGACUUGGAUGUUUUAGCCUCCUCCACUCCGCGACCCCCACAACUCUUCAUUGCUGAAUCGUCACUUUUUUUAAACUUCCGACUUCAUGUCAUUCGUCAUUCGUUGUUUCAUUAGGGUCCCGAUCCCGUAGUCCCAGUUUCCCGGAUAUGCUGCCCGUCUUAAGAGUUCUUCGACACAAUGUCCGUCACCCUACACACCACUCAGGGUGAUCUCAAAAUUGAGGUCUUCUGUGAAAGCGUGCCCAAAACCGCUGAGAACUUCUUAGCAUUAUGUGCAUCAAACUACUAUCACCAGUCACCAAUUCACCGACUGAUCCCUGGGUUCAUGGUUCAAACAGGUGGCCCAGCAAACCCCACGCCAGAUAACCCAAAAGGCGGCCGGUCAAUAUGGGGCGGGACAUUUGAGGAUGAGAUCCGGCCAGCCCUUAAGCACAAUUCCCGUGGAAUUGUAUCAAUGGCAAAUAAAGGACCCGGGACCAACGGCUCGCAGUUUUUUAUUAUCUUCGAUAAGGCGCCUCAUCUAGAUGGCUUAAAUACCGUGUUUGGAAAGCUUAUUGGGGACGACAGUCUCGCUACUUUGGCCAAACUAGAAGCACUCGAAGUGGACAAGAAGAAUCGACCAAAGGAGAAGGUGUUGGUCGAGAAGGUGACCAUCCACGCUAAUCCGUUAGCAGCGUGAGUAUCAUAUCAUAAUCUUACUCAACAACACCACAUGAAAGCCCGCGGCCAAACCCUAUCCAAACACGUCUAUAUUUGAAGCUUCUACGUCUUGGACUUCUAUACGAGCUAUACCUCAUGGACGCCCAACUAUUAAAUUAUGCGGUCCUAAUUCAUCCAACGGCAAAUAAAUAGUGUGCAAUGGAAAAAUUGGUUGAGAAAUGGGGGUAUGUUCCAUAAACGAGUCUAAUUCUCCGACAAUAUAAUAUACCAGAGAGGUCCAGGCUUGUUUGAACUUGUCAGUCGAGUAAAUGCGUAGUUGCCGUCGACAGGUACGGCAGAAUUGCGAAUCGUAGAUAGGUAGGGUUGAAAAGAAAGAAGUCUAUUCAACUUAGCCAUUAAAUUUUUUUAUGCGGCUUUAGUGGGCAACUGCCUAAGCACCCAGUCCUCUUGAACCCAUAAUCCAACAAAGUGCAAGAACAACUUGAGCAGGCGCGUACUUGCGGUUCCUCGUAGAUUCGAAUUCAAGCAGGUACCUUUUACCUACCAUAGCGGGAAUACUCG